UGGCGAAACACAGAGUCGAAUAGGAAAGGGAACGGAAGUGUGGAGGAAAGAAGGACAGAGCGUGGUGGGAUUAGAUACGAGGAGGACUUUUGUGGAAAAGAAUUUGUGUAGGGCAGAAGUAACCUUUAAGAGAAGAGAAGAAGCAAAUAAGGUCAUGGAAGAGGGGCAGAAGAGAGAGGGGUAUGUUGGAGCUUUCAUCCCGGAAAGGAUGAGAUUUAGAAAAGGCGUCAUAAGAGAGUGGCCGGGAACAAUGGAGGAGUUGAAGAAUGAAGCCAUGCCAGGGCAGGGACAUUUCGUGCUGGAGAAAUUGAGAAGAGGUCCAGUGAUAGAGGGAAGAAGGGGAAGACGAGAUGAUGAAGAGGAGCCACUGUUAAUAGUGUUUAAAGGAGACAAGUUGCCUACAACGCUGUUGAUUGGGCAGGGACAUGUAGGAGUAAAGAUAUGGCCAUAUAUUGAGAGAGUUAAACAGUGCUAUGUGUGUUGGAAGUUUGGUCAUACACAGAAGUUCUGUAAAUUGAGAAAACCGCUCUGUGGAAGAUGUGGGGAAGAAAAACAUGGGGUGUGCGAAAAAAUUGAGAAAUGUGUGAAUUGCAAGGGAAAUCACGAGGCUUUUGCAAAAAGUUGCUGGGUAUACCAGAAAGAAUUUGCCAUAAAGAAGGUAAUGGCGUACAAAAACGUGGCUUUUGAAACUGCAAGGAGCAUUGUGGAAAGAGCAGCAGGAAUAGAGGGGAUAAGAAUGGAGGAUGAUAUGGGAGAAGUGAACGAAAGUAGAGAUUUCCCGAGGCUGACGAAGAGGAAGGUAAUAGAAAUGUGGGAAGGAAAAGAGGUCCCAAUGUGGGACGAGGUAGAGAAUAUUAGAAAAGGAUUUGCAAACGCUAAGGGUGUCAACCUGAAGGAGAGAGUUAAUAUGGGAGUGAGAACUGAGGAAGGAAAUAAUAAGGGGAAGAAUUCUGGACUAGGCAAUGCGUCUGGAUGGGCUGAGGUGGUAAGGAGAGGAGAAAGGAACGAGACGGAUAGAGGAGCAAGGUGGGGAGGAAAGAGAGAUGAGGGCGAAAGACAAGGAAUAGAGGUUAAUAACAGUUUCGAGAUAUUACAGGAGGAAGGGCAAGCGCGAGGUAUGGAGGAAGUCGGUGUGAGAGGAGAGGGGGGUAUCACUUGCAGAAGAAGGAUACCGUUCCCGCAUGAUCUAGUGGGUGAGGAACCGGAAGGAAAAGCGGAAUACGAUGAAUAUAAAAUUGUAACAGAUGUAUGGAGACGAGAGAGGGAAAGGAAGGCUAUUAGGGAGGCAAAGAAAAUGGCCAUGCAAGAAAUUGAGGCAAUGAAAAAGAAAGCGGAUGAUGAGCUAAUUGAGGAAUUGGUUAAGCUUGUGGAGGAAAGAGGACUAAAAGUGACCUUUGCUGAAGAAGUAAAGGCAAGAAAAUACAGGGCUAGUAAAGAAGUAGCUCCAGAUCCGGAUGAGGACUGGAAUGAGAUAAGAACUCCGAAUUUUUUAAUGUAUAUAGACCCAAAGACUGAGGAAAGAACUAGAAGGAAGAUCGCGAGAGAGAAGAAGAAGGCAGAGGAGAAAAGGCUGGAACAAGAGAAAUAUGAGGAGAUGGUGAGGAAAUACUUGUUUGGUAAAGGAGAGAAGAAGGAAGAGGUUCAGAAGGAGAAGGAGGAGGAAGAGGAAGAGUCAAGAAAGGGUAAUGGUAACAUAAAUGUUCCAGACAAUGUGAAAUAUAUGAGUAGGGAAGAAUGGGAAGGGGAAGAAAGAGAGAGGUCAAGAAAGGAGGAAAAAGAGAAGCUAUGGAAAGGAUAUGAAGAGGUGGCGAGGAAAUUUGUGAACAUAUAAAUAAACAGUGUGGUUAGAGAGCUAU